AUCCAUACAUGACUAUUGUUUCGUUGGAAAUGUGCUUUUUAGUUUGUGACUUAAACAAAUGCACUAUAUUUAACCCAUUUUGCAUGGAAAAUUAAUCAAAUUCAAGGUCCCGCCGUUUUGCCAAAUCUAGGCGAACGGUAAAUUUGAAUUCUCUUAUAUUUGGUAAGUUAUAGUUGUCAUUUUAAACCAUGAAUAAGCGGUAUUAUUUGAAAUAUUGGCGAUGUGUGCAUAAAAAAAGCUAACAUUGCAAACUGCUUGCCUCCGAGAGGAUGUGGGGAUUUUUUUUAUUCCCUCUCGAAGUUGUUCGUUACGUCGAGCAAUAAAGUGUUGCUAGGUAAGGGUAAAGCUAAACUUUUGAGAGGGAACGCAAAAGAGAGCGGAAAAAAGAUCCUCGUGUCUCCUUGAGGGCUCCGUAGACUAUAGCAGUAGCAAAGCAAGAGUGUAAAAAGUCACGUUACGGCUAGCCGCUAGGGAAGCGGACUCUGGCUAGCUAACUAGCUCAAACACUCUAGCUAAUUCUAUAUAGCGGACAGAGCUAACGUGUUCAAAGUGUUAGUAGAAGUGAUAAAGGGUUGGAUUAAAAUAUCUGUAAGGUGUCAAAACUUCGACCGUGUCCUUUUUUUGUUAUGCAGAAAUGCUGGUUCAAGUGGAGUAUCAGACAGUCCAAAAAUGGGUUCGGGUUCCAGUGACAGAUGACUGCUAUGAUUACUUGAAAUUCAUGCAAGAGGUUCAUGCUAAAUUCAAUUUGGCAAGUGACAUCUGUGUAGACCUAAAGGACUCUUCUGGAGUUGAUGUGGAUGCUGAUAUUUUUGAUGAACUCCUGAGGUCUGCUACAGUAUCUUUCAAAGUAGUCACUAAGCACUUUGGGGGCGUCGUUGACGAGAGUGAGGUAACAGACGCUUCCUUCAGUUCUGAAGAUGGGUCAGCCUCGUCAGUUGAAUCUCCAAGCUCAAGCUCAUCUUCUACAGUGAUCACAGAGAACACCAGAGCACAGAGAAGACGACUGGCUGAAGGACCACCUGACAGUAAGAUGGCAAAAGAUCUGUUUGGUGAUGGAUGUAAAGAAGCAAUGUCCAUAAUGAAGCAUGCAUCAGACCAGGACAUUGUUAAGGAGAAAAUGAAGGCAACAUUUAAGCAUAGACAGAACAUGCUACAUGAUCUGGACCAGUCAUCACUCAUCUUGGAUCACUUCCCAAGAUUCUUGGAUACACCAGGCUUGAUUGAGCAGGACUUCAUCAUGCUCUUUGGAGAAGACAUCUCGGGGAAGUUCAUUGCAAGAUGGCCAACGUUCUACAAACCGAAGGUCAUCACUGUCAGCAAAAGCCUUCGACAGAGUGUUCACCUGGAUGACCUUCUGUCUGCUCAGGAGGAAUCAAGUGAUUAUGAAUGGGAUAGCGACGUGGCAGCCAUUCUCCUGCUGGUUCAUCUCUUGCCUCCAACCGCCAAAGGGAGGAAACAUGUAAAAAUUAGUGCAACUGAGGCAGCUGAUCGUGUUGUGAAGUUUAUGAAGGUGGGGACAAGCAUGGCGACAUUCCUUGGCAAAGUUGGAUCUGCACAGCUGUUCCUCCUCUGUGUUGGAGAAAAGAAGAGCAGUAUUCAGAAGUUCUACAUCAUCCUGGAUCAGAAGCCCAUUCCUUGUGUGGCACAGACUGCAGUGGCUGCCUUCGAUGAACUGUUUAAGGCGCACUUUGUGUUUGCUAUGUCCUACGAUGCAGCCCUCCUCAACUUCUACACAUUCAUCCAAACAACAGUUUAUGGGAUUGAUGUGACAACAAAGGAGAGCCCCAGAGUCAAGGAAAUCAGAGUGAGAAUUAACAACACUUAAGUAUACCAAUAUGUUACAUUUGUAAGGUUCAGCACAGAAAUUCUUCUAAUCUUUUUCAGCAUUUGAAAUUUAGUCAUUCUUUGUAUCCACGGCACAAAUUGCGUUUGAAAUGUGGGGAACAUAGUUGUUCACCUGUUUUUUACACAUAUUCUGGGUUCAAGUAGCACUUGAUGAAAGCACAUGGAGAAACUAUUGCCAUAGAUUCUGUUUAUGUGGACAAUGUUGGUACAGAUAGUGUUGAGACCGAUGAUCAUCUGAAUGCUUUCAGAAUAGAGAUGAUGUGUUUGCUGUUAUUUGUGUCUUUGAUCUGAUAUAUUAUCAGACUUAUGACAGGCAGUUUUCAGCUGAUGAAAGAACAUAUAUUAUGCCCCACUGCUGUUUUGUAUAAGCUCUGCAUUGAAGGUCUGUAAUAUUGAAAUGGGUUUAAUAAAAGGUAAACUUUCCA